AUGAAUUGAAUUCCCUUUUUUUUUUCCUUUGACGUAGUUUAUGGAAGGUCCUCAAUAAAAAUGGCCCAAAUCAGGGCGGCUAUGGGAGCGCCACUCAAAAGUUGGUCUCCCACUAUAUGGUCGAGGGCAGCAAUCCCGCAGAAGCUAUCCUCCGCCCCGAUAUUCUUCUUCCCCACCGCAAUCUUUCUCCGGUCGCCGCCUCGCUGCACUCUUGCAACCAUGAGCUCCGGCGCCGCCGAUGUCGACGCGAUCUUCGCCCAGAAAAAGGCUCUUCGUUCCAAACUCAAAAGAGAUCUUAAGUCUAUGGAUUCUUCUCUAAGGUCCCAAGAAGAUGAACAAAUACAGAAUGUAGUUUUGCAAGCUCCAUGGUUUAAAGAUUGUAAAAGCCUCUGUGCUUACAUUAGCUGUAGUACCCUUCGAGAAGUUGAUACUUCAGUUAUUCUUGCCAGAAUUCUCCAGACGCAAUCCAAAGAUAAAAAGAAGCUCUAUGUUCCACGCGUGGAGGAUAGGAAUCGAAACAUGCGAAUGUUGAACAUCUCGAGCACUAAGGACUUGAUUGCUAAUUCAAUGAACAUUUUGGAACCAUGCCUGGUUGAUUCUGAGGGAAAUGAACGCGAAGAGGUGUUGUUGGCCAAUGAACCUGUUGACUUGUUUCUUUUACCUGGACUUGGAUUCGAUAAAUUUGGAAGGCGUUUGGGCCGUGGCGGAGGCUACUACGACACUUUCUUGACAAAAUAUCAAGAGCUCGCCAAGGAGCGGAAGUGGAAGCAGCCUCUCAAGAUAGCUCUCUCAUACUCUGUGCAGAUAGUGGAUAACAUACCAAUUACUCCAGAUGAUGUUCUUGUGGAUGCACUGAUAACACCCUCUGGAGUUCUUCCUAUCAGUCAAACUGCACAACAAUUUUGCCUUUAAAUAAAACACUUUUCUUUCACUAGUAUCUGGUUUGGCAUUUUAACCAGACACCUGUGGUCCUGAAUAAAUUGUUGUCAUGUUAUCCCAUAUACAUGUAACCUUCCAUUGCAUAACCAUAUGAUCACAGCAUUAAAUGCACUCAUUACAUUGUAAUAAUACUAUGCUUUUAGCCUUCUCCAUGGGUUGUUUUGUGCACUCCUAACUGUCCCAAAUCCCAAGCAUUUGCAGUGCCAGCCACCAGGCCGUGUUUACUUGCAAUGCUAAGUGCCUGAUUCCACUUAAAAUCUCAACCAAUCCCUCUCCAGGACUUUAUUAUAUGAGGAAUAUGAGGAGUGCUAUGGAGACCUCAAGAUUUUGACACCAAAUGCACACGAAUCCAAUAUAGACACAUCCCGAUCCGGACAUUUAAUGUGUGGGUGUGCACAUAUAUUAAAUGUCUGUAUUGGUCUUGAUGUGCAUUUGGUCUCCAUAGAUACAGAGCCGGCAGGGGAAA